AUGGCUCCAAUCUCAGAUAGUUGCGAUGGAAACAGAGGACUAUCUCAACAGGAUUCUACUCACGAUCGAGAUGUAACCGCAGUCAGAUUGCAAACUGACCAAGGAACAAUCUGGAUCGCGUCGGCAUAUCUCGGCCAUGACCACCUCGGCCCUCUCCCUUGUGAUAAACUUCGGAGACUCAUAGCUGACGGUGAACGGCAAAAGAUCUGCCUCAUGAUUGGUUGCGAUGCAAACGCCCAUCACACGGUCUGGGGAAGUACCGACAUAAAUGAUAGAGAAAGUAAUACUGGCAAUGAACCAACAUUCGUUACCAGAAAAACGACAAGAAGUACUAGACAUUACUCUUGUCUCCAAUUCGAUUCAUCAAAGGAUAUUGAAUUGGAAAGUAUCAUAGAUCAUAGAUACAUCCAAUUUAGUAUUAAUGAUGUAACUACUAAACAGUUAGCAUUUCGAAACUAUCGCAAAACUAACUGGCAAAAAUACAGGGAAACUCUGAAAAGCUUACUUAAACCCGAAUUUCUAAGUUAUCCCUCAAACACAAUCGAUCUCGACAACAAAGUCAAUGAUCUCACUUCUGCCCUUAACCUAUCAAUGAAUAACUCCUGCCAACUCAUACAAGUAAGAGGAAAGCAGAAGCCACACUGGUGGAACUCAGGGCUAGAACCGCAUAGAAAAGGUUGUAGAAAACUUUUCAAUCUCGCCAAAUCCACUAGAGAUGUUCAGACUGGGACCCAUACAAAGAAUCCCUGA